AUGGCUCCACAUCAGCGCCCAGAAAGUUGGCUUGUCCCUUUGCUCGAUUUAGCUCCUCUGCACUAUCUUAAUGAGUUCCGCAAGUUGCAUGGACUUGGCCCGUCUAGGAACCUCAUAAGUAGCAUAAUCACUGAGACAGAAGUGGACAAGGAAACUCAACUAGAGAACAACAGCCCAGCCUAUCACGGGAACAAGACCCUUCGCCGCAACAUCUGCGCCGACAUCUCUCAAGAGCAAAGUUGUCGCUUAUGGAUCAUGGGUCUCCCGCCUACAUGUACUGUGCAUCAACUCCUCAGCUGCAUCCGCGGCAUCGGCCCCAUCUUCGCAUGCCAUCUCACACCGCCCAGGGUAGACGGGACCAAGAUCUGGGAGACAUCCGCCGCCUCCCUGACCUUCUUCACAGCGGAUGCCGCCAACAAGUUCCUCGCGCGCCACAUCGCGGAUCCCUUCACCGUCGGUGGAUUCAAGACGAAGGUGGUGAAACACAUGAUCAAGACCAAGGGUGUGAGUGUCAAUGGCCGGUCCCGUGUCUUGCGCAUCGUGGGAGAUCCGGAUAUUGUCCAGCCUGAGCUUCUCUAUUGCGUUAUUACAGAGGACUGGGGCGUGAACUUUGAUACGGAUUAUAUCCAUUUCAACCCCGGCACAACGAACGAGAUCAUCUGGGCUUUUGGGAGCUUCAGGGCGCAGGCUCAUAUCAUCUGCGUGAGCAUUAAUACGGUCUUUGAGGGACGCGCUCAGGCUAUUUAUAUUGCCGAUCCAUGUAUCCAGGGAUGA